CCACCACCUCGCUGCGCCUCUCUACUGUCGUCCCUUCACGGGCAGCACCGCCAGUCUGCUCGCCGCCCGCACGCUCCGCCUUGCUGCUGCAGCGCCGCUCACUGCGCGCGCCGGAGCGGCUGCUGGACUGCUCGCGCCGGCACCUCGCGCUCGUCUGCCCAACACAAGGCGCUGCCUGCGUAUAUGCGCGCCGGUGCAGCGUCCGCGUGCUGCAGUCGCAAAGCAGCGUAGAGAGGAAGGCCAAGGCGCAGAAGCAGAGAGUCAGCGGCCGAUGAGGGUGCUGUGCGUUGCUGAGAAGCCAUCGAUCGCCAAGUCCAUCAGCCAGAUCCUCUCCGAGAACGACUUUCAGAACCGACCGGGCAAGGACAAGUACUGCCGCAAUUUCGACUUUCGCUACCGCCUGCACGGGCGAUGGGCAGACUUUACAGUGACGUCGCUGCGCGGUCAUCUGACAGAGCAUGAGUUCACCGACGCGCAUCGCAAAUGGGGCUCGUGCGAACCGGCAGCGCUCUUCGAUGCGCCGAUGCGCGUGUCGAUUCGCGAGGACGGCAAGGCGAUUGCGCAGAACUUGCGGCAGGAGGUGCGCAACGCAGACAUGCUCAUGAUCUGGACCGACUGCGAUCGCGAGGGCGAGCAUAUCGGCUCCGAGGUGGUGCACGAGUGCCGCAAGGUGAAUCGCAACGUGCAGGUGAAGCGGGCGCGCUUCAGCGCUAUCAUCGCAGCCCAGAUCCACAAUGCAGCGCAGAAUCCCGUCGAGCUCGACUGGUCCGCCGCUGCGGCGGUGGAGGCGCGCUCCGAGCUCGACCUGCGCAUCGGCGCUGCCUUUACGCGCAUGCAGACGAUGGCGCUGCAGAAUCGCUUCCACGAGCUGAGCAAGAACAUCGUCAGCUAUGGCCCUUGUCAGUUCCCGACGCUCGGCUUCGUCGUCGACCAGUACGUCAAGGUCAUCACGUUCGUGCCCGAGCCGUUCUGGUACGUGCACGUCAUGCACCGCCGCGACGGCAAGGAGGUCUCGUUCAAGUGGACCAAGAACCAUCUCUUCGACCGUGACGCUGUCCUCGCGAUCUACGAGCGCUGCCGGGCCAGUGGUGUCGCCCGCGUGACCAGGGUCACGAGCCGCCAGACGCGCAAAUUCAAGUGCACGCCUCUGACGACCGUCGAGCUGCAAAAGCACGGCUCGCGGCUGCUGCGCAUGUCGCCCAAGAUGAUCCUGGAUAUCUCGGAGAAGCUGUACAACCGCGGCCUGCUCUCCUACCCGCGUACCGAGACGGACCAGUACGACAAGGCGUUUGACUUCCGCGCGCUGAUCGAGAAGCAGACGAGCGAUGCGUCGUGGGGCGCCUUCGCCACGCGCCUCAACAACGGCGAGUUUGAGCGGCCGCGCGACGGCAACAAGAACGACAAGGCGCACCCGCCGAUCCACCCGACCUCGCACGACCACAACCUCAGCGGCGACGAGAAGCGCGUCUACGAUUACGUGACGCGCCGCUUCCUCGCCAGUUGCCACAAGGACGGUGUCGGCCGCCAGACCACGGUCGACAUCGACAUUGCGAAAGAGCAGUUCAAGGCUACUGGCCUUGUGAUCCAGCAGCGCAACUUCCUCGAGGUCUUUGUCUAUGAGCAGUGGUCUGGCACGCUGCUGCCCGAGUUCACAGAGGGCGAGACGUUCACGCCGACGGAGCUGUCGAUGAAGGAGGGCGAGACGACGGCGCCCAAGCUGCUGACCGAGGCAGACCUGGUCUCACUCAUGGACCGCAACGGCAUUGGCACCGAUGCGACGAUUGCAGAGCACAUCUCAAAGGUCAUCGAGCGCACGUACGUCAUGACGACGAUGGAAGGGCAGACCAAGUAUCUGCUACCCUCAACGCUCGGCAUGGGCCUCGUCGAGGGCUACAACUCGAUCAAUUUUGCCGACGACAAGAGCCUGUCGAAGCCGCUGCUGCGUCGCGAGAUGGAGGAACGCAUGGAGCGCAUCUGCGAGGGCGCUCAGACAAAACAGGCCACCGUGACGGAGAGCGUCGAGGAGUACCGCGCGGUCUUUGCGCUGGCGACGCAGAAUCUUGGUCGCAUCGUCCAAAGCGUCUCGAAGUACCUCCGAGGCGAGGAGGAGGGCGACGCGGGCGGUGCACAGGCCGGAGGCGCCGCUGCAGCAGGUCCAGGCGGCGGUGGCGGCGGGGGUGGCGCCCCUCGUGGCCCACCCGGUGGCGGAGGCGGCCCAAGUGCACCUCGCGGCAACCCGCCACGGCCACCGCGCCCGCCGAGCGAAGACGAGUUUGACGAGUUCGACGACGACGUCGGCUUUGCGAUGCUCGACGAGGUCGCGCUCGACGCCGCUGCGGUACAGGCGCCGAGAGCGCAGCCGGCACCGCGGGCUCGCCCUGACCGGCUUGCGCCUGCGCCGAAUCGGGACCUCGACGAUGACGACGACUUUGUCAUCCUAGACGCCCGCGGCCCGUCAGCCAGCGGCUCGAGUGUCGCUCGACGAGCGGCAUCUCCACCAGCGCCACGCCGGCAGCUGCCGCCUGUCCGUGCGCCGACUCCCGAUGCAGCACCAAGCGGAGACACGCCGCUCUGUCGCUGCGGCGACGAGGCGGUGCAGCGCACAGUCGGCAAGGAAGGCGCCAACAAGGGCCGCCAGUUCUGGUCUUGCAGCAAGCCGCGCGACGAUGGCUCGUGCGGAUUCUUCUCGUGGCUCGAAGAUGCCCAAGGUGCAGGGCAGCAGGCACUGCCGGGUCCGAGUCGGGCUCGAGGUGCUCGUACAGCUGCGGGUGGCUCAGAGAUCGAUCGCUUCCGCCAAAACUUCGCCAGCCAGCAAGACGAGGACGGUGGAGCUCCGGGUGCCUCUAUCAAAUGCGAGUGCGAGCUGGAAGCGAAGCUCCUCAAAGUCGCCAAGGACGGUCCAAACAAAGGGCGUGAGUUCUUUGGCUGUCCGAAAGAGAGCACUGGCGCGCGCUGCCGCUUCUUCAAGUGGGAAGAUGAGGUGGAGCCUGCUGCCAGACGACCGACGGUGGGCCGACAAGGCUCGGAUCGCUUCGACAAUGGCCGCGGCUCCGAUCGCUUCGACAAUGGCCGCUCGAACGGCCGGGCUGCACCGCGUGGUCGCGCUGGAGGCGGGGGAAGCGGAGGUGGAGGAGGCGCAUGCUUCAAGUGCGGCGAAGAAGGCCACUGGUCCUCCUCCUGUCCGAACGACGACAGCGCAGGUCCCUCCGACGGAGCGCGGCGCUUCAACCGUUCCGAUGCGCGGCCCGAUAUCGACGUGGACGAUGCAGACGCCGGCGAUGACGAUGGCGGCGGAGGAGGCGGGCAGUGCUUCAUCUGCAACGACUCGGGCCAUUGGUCCCGCGACUGUCCCUCCAAGAACAGCGGCGCCUCGACAUCCAACGCCACGAGGGGAGGUCGCAGCAGCCGAGGUGGCAAGUCUUCGACGGCAGGCAAGAAUGGCGCCUGCUUCAAGUGCGGCCUGCCCGGACACUGGAGCAGCGAUUGUCCGGGCGAAGACGGCGGAGACGCUCCGCCGCCGCCUGCCAGAGGUCGCGGUGCCAAGCGCCGCGGCGGCGCAACAAGCAGCUCGAGGCCGCGAGCCAAACGCGGACGAAGCUGAUCGACGGCUGCAGCGGCGCCCUCCGCACAUAUCGCGCUGCCUGCCUCACCCAUACGUGCUGACAUUCUCACAUCCGCUCACUCGCUGCCUGCCCGCUCACAUUCAUCUGUACUGUCCGUCUUGCAACGCACACCUGUCACCAUCGCGAGGAAGCAUGACCUUGUACUCACCGUCGUGUGGAGGAGGUGCGGAGCAUGGUCACGUGAUGUACUUGCUCUCGAUUCUGCCGAG